UCUGUUUAUAUUUUGAAUAAAAUUUUCAAUUUGCUCCUGAAUUUAAAUUGUAUAUUUUUCUAAAUAAAUUUAUUUAGCUGUAAAUAUUAUCUAAAUAUUGUAGUUAAAAUGUCUUCGUAUAAUCCUAAUGAAAUGGAAGAAAUGCAUCCAGCUGAAGGAGGAGAUUUUGAAAUUCCCCACAAAGAGGAUUCUAAACAAGAAAAUAUUGCGAUGGCUAUUGAUCCCCAUGCUGAUGACUUCAAUAAUCCACCUUGCUAUUUACCACAACCAGAAGAUCAAAUGCCCAAAAAGGAUAAUUUACAGCCAAUGGGUCCCAUAGGACCUUGGGCUACCGGUAAAGUUGAUUGGAGUCCUAUGGCGGGUUUAACUGGCACAAGACCAGUAGUAGAUCGUUAUUCUAUAACAAGAUUCAGUCCCAACGAAUGGAGAGCCAAAAAUUUGGAGACCGUGAAAAACACAAAUCAAGUGUUUGAUAGAACUAUUAAAAAUCAAUACAGUUGCAACACCUCCUUGAUGCGUAUUAACGCCCUAGUAGAUAAGACACAAACGGAGACCACUGAAAAUAUGCGCCAACGAGCUCAACUGAUUGGUAAAUGGAAGAUUACCUUGGAGGCGGCCAUAAAAGCUAUGCAAGAUGAAAUAAGUACUUUGGAGGAGGAGAGAGUAAGACUUAAGAAAUCUUUAGUUAUAUUGGGGGUACCCGAAUCCAUAGUCAAGGAAUGCAUAGAUAAGCGUUGUGGCAGACCAGACACUGAAUUGGUAAGGGAUGUACCGGAAGAGGAGUUAAUCAAUGAAUUGGCUUUAAUAGCGGAAAUUAGACAGCAACUAAAGAAAACUUUAGAAGACUUUGAGCAGCAGCAAGUGGAAAAUCGUACGGCACGUCAACGUUUGGAAUAUGAUUGGAGCGAUAAAAAGGAAGCCUAUGAAAUAGAUGCUUUAAAUGUGGGUCUUAAUAAUCGCUCUAAAACGAUAAUGUUUAGGCCAGGCGCAGUACGACAACCGGCAGAGCAAGCCUCGGAGCAUUAUUGGGAGCAUUUCAGCAAGGAGACUCUGGAGGAAUGUGAAAAAUGUCGUCAAAAGUCUUUCAAAUUAAGGCAGACUUUAAAUGCCAUUUUAAUGAAUGCUGCUCGUGAUAUACGAGGUCAAGCCGAUGUGGUGGAAAAAGCCUUUGUAGCGCGCAUUAACUGCACCCAAGAGAAUUUGCAACGUUUUGAAAAUGAUCUAAGACAGUGUCUCCAAAAUCUAGCCGAUACUGAGACUCGCAUUGACAAGCUACAUCGGGCCAUACGCAAUUUUGAUGCCGGCAUGAAAGUGGCCCAAACCCGCAUGGACAAUCGUAGUUUUCGCCCGAAUGUGGAAAAUUGCCGGGAUUCGGCCCAGCAGAAUCUUAUAGAUGAAGUGGCCACCAUACAAAGCGGUGUCAGUGCCAUGCUGCAGGAACUGGAUGAGGCUGAAAAUGUUAAAAAUCAACUUAUGCAAUUACGCAGCACUUUGGAACGUGAAAUCAUGUUGAAACGUCGCACUUUAUGGUUGGAUCGUGAGCGCUGUAUGCUUUUGAGAUCUCACUAUCCUUCUGCAAGUGCUUUGAGUGGUUUUGCUAGUGUUUAAUAAAAAUUUAAAGCAAUGCGAC